AAAUAUUUAUUCUGAAAGUGAAUUUCUCCUUUAAGAACUACUGAGAAGGUUGUCAUUUCCAUAGAAAUGCAUGUAUGUAUGGUUGGUUCAAUGAGAUUUCAACGUGAAUUUUUGAUUUCGAAUCGAGCGUCACUAGAUUUAGUCUCUGUGCAUUAUAAAAGUAAAACACAGGUUACAAACGCGCAAUAUAAACAAAGGAUUGUCUGAAGGUUCAUUAAAUGAUAAAAUCUUUAUAAAAAUCGCAGAUUUCACAUCUGUCUACUAUGUGUGUGUUCUGUGUGAAGUUUUAGAUUUUUAAAUUACGUUGCAUAAAGUCAGUCCGAACCAAAUGCAAUCAACCCCUCGGCAUACAUAUGUAAAACACUUUCGUGUUUCGAAAAACCUUCCAUGUUAAACUAUUAAUCUGAGGUAUAAGUGACAGUAAACUGUAAGUGUUUAGAAAAGAAACAUAACAGUCAUUCACUUUUAAGCAGUAAAUAGCUCCCACCCCUACAACAAGCGAAUGGUUCCGUCCAGGAAGCUCAAGCGCGACCUGUUCUGUUUAGGGAAGUGAAUCCGCGCUUCUGAGUGUCUGCUCAUCAUCUUCAGCUAAGUUCUGAUUUCUCUUCAGAAAACCUCUAAUCUGAGAGCAAUUAACUAAUGCAGUCGCUCAGUAAAACCCAUAUAGCCUGGCUGUUUUUUGAAUGAAUGAGCAAGUGAGGCUGUUAUUCUCUAUAAAAACAGCUCUUGGUUAUUCGUUUGCACUUUAACCUCACUAUACAGCAUUCAGCUGACAUGUGGGAAUGGCAGAUUUUGAGCCUCAUAGGCUUCACCUCUCUAGUUCUGUUUCUCAUAGCGGUAUGUUAUAUUUUGUACUCUGGACUCAUGACUGAAAUCAACAUCAGGACUGGUUUACCCCCGGUCAGGAGCAUCACUAUAGCCUAUAAAUACAAAGUGGGACCUUAUAAAGACUGUGGGUCACUGUUCAGAGAGAGCUGCAGCAUUGGACCCAAGCUGUCAUGCAUUGGGAUCUUUUAUGAUGAUCCCAGGAAGGUUCCAGCACAGAAGUGUCGCUAUGCAGUGGGGAGUAUUUUAAGUGAAGGCGAGGACGGACCCAAUGAGGAACAGCAGCAGCUGUAUGAGAAGCACGGCUUCCGGGUUUUCUCUUUCCCAGAGGUCACACAUGUCGUCACAGCCUCCUUCCCUUACCGAACCCCUCUUUCUAUUUUCCUGGGGGUGCAGCGGGUCUAUCCACAGCUGAACUGCUACAUCAAGGAAAGGAAGUUGUGCGCACAUCCAUUUCUAGAGAUCUACAAAGGAGGAAUGAUCCACUAUAUGGGCCCGCUGGCUCGGCAGGGUGAUUUUUAUGUUCCCGAAGUUAGAGAGGCCCAACGAUGGUUAUUAGGAAAAGAGUCUGAAGAGGACGGGAGGACGGACAUCACAGGUGCUGACUCCCACAGCGAGCGCAGCUCCAUGAGCCGCCUGCCCCCUUCGGAGAGCCGGGACACUUCACCUGCUCCGUCCACCACGCGGGCGCACUCGCACGAAGACAGAGAUCGACAUUGGGACUUUGACCAUGUGGAGAGAAGCGACGCCUCCAGCGUUUCUUCCUUCGAGGAGCUGGAUCUCGACUCGGACAGGGCGGACAGGUGUGACCACACCCCUCCACCAGUCAUAGGAAGUGGCAAAAACAACCUGCAGGACCAAGACAGAGAGAUCAUGGUUGAGGAAGAGUGAGAGAAUGGAAGUUUUUGUUUUUGUUUUAAAGGGAUAGUUCACCAAAAAAUAGAAAUUCUGUCAUUGCAACUUUGACUUUUUGUAUCCUCUGCCAAUUCUCAAACUCCUACAAGCACCAUACAAGUCUCUAUGACUUGUUUGCUUUAUUCCAAGCAGUCUUAGUUUUUUGGUAUUAUUUACAUGCUAUUAUAGCAUUAAUUAAUAUUUUAUUUUAGCCUUUAUAUUUUUUUUGUUUUAAUUUUCAUUUUAAUUUGUAGUCAUUUUGUGAUUGUAAUUUUGACAGUUUUUUUAUUUUUUUUUCCAAUUAAUUUUUUUAAAUUAAUUUUAUGUAAUUUGUAAAUUUUGUGAUGUGACUUUUUUAUUUUAUUUUUAGGUUUUUAUUUUUAUUUGGCUUUUUUUUUGUUUUUCAUCUAGCAUUUGUAAUGUUUUAUUUCAGCUUUAUUUCAAUUAACAUUUCUUUAAUUAAUUUUAUUUAAUUUGUAGUCAUUUUGUGAUGUGAUCCCGCCUAUUUUUAUUUAGCUUUUUUCCAUGUAGCAUUUUUGUUUUAUUUCAGCUUUAUUCCAAUUAACAAUCAAUUAAUGAUUUUUUAAAUGACUUUAAAUUUUUUUUCCCAGCAAUUUUGUGAUGUGAUUGACAAUUUUUUUUUCUAUUUAUUUUGUAUUAAAUUUAUUUAAUUUGUUUUAGCUUUUGUUUUUGUUUCCGUCUAGCAUUUUUGUUUUAUUUCAAUUAACAAUCAAUUAAAUAAUUUGAAUUAAUUAAAUUUUAUUUUAUUGUGUUAUUUUAUUUAAUUUUGUGAUGUGAUUUUGUCAGGGUAUUUUAUUUUAUUUUUUUUGUUUCUACUUGGCUUUUUUUCCCCACUUAGCUUUUGUUGCAUUUUAUUUCAGCUUUAUUUCAAUCAAUUUGUAACAGUUUUAGUUAAUAAUAACAACCAGAUUCCAAGUGUUCUAAAACCAUUUGAUAUAUUUGUGUGAGGAAAAUAUCUCACACUUCAAUCUCACAUCUUUCACACUUCAAAAAUUCAUGUUACGUUCUACCAAAAUCCACAAAUGUUCAACUACUACAUACACAACAAUAAAUGUUGUUUUGAUAAAAGCCAUGCAGUUUCAGAUUUGAGUAAAUAUGAAAAAAAAACAAUUAUGUUAAUUAUGUUAUGUCAAUUAUUCAUAUUAUCAAUGAAUAACCACUUUAUUUUGAUCUGUUAUUAACAUAAAACAAUGUUGUGGCCCCGAAAGACUUGGAAUAUAGUGCACAUGUCGUAUGAACCACUUUUACUGUGUUUUUUUUUUU